AUGCGGACAUCGAGUGUGGUUGUGGGCAGCUCGACAAGGGUCUGCGGCGCUCAUUUUGUUGGCGGAAAGCGCUCCAAGGAGCAUCCUAUCCCAACGCUGUUCGCGUGGUCAGCAGCAGAGAAGACGAGGAAAACGCCAAAAGAACGAGUGGCCCUGAAGACACAUCAGGACAAAACGCCCCAACCGUCAGCAGCGAAGCCUGAAACAUGUGAAAGCACUUGUGAGGAGCAGCCAUCACCAUCCCUGUCCAGCGUUGAUGAGCAGAUCAGUGAAGUGCGAACUCAGAUCCAGGAAUGUUUGGAGGAGAACACACGGUUGCGGAUGGAGGUGCAGAAGUUGACACAGGAGAAUGAGGCACUGCGAGUCAAGUUGGAGGAAAUUGCCACAGUACCAGCACCAGAGUUUUCUGUCGCCAGGAUUUGCAACAGUGACAGCCUCACCAAGUUCUAUACUGGUGAACGGCAAAGUCAGUGUGUGAGGGCCUUGGACGAUGAAAACAGCCUGCUCCUUACGUUCAUGAAGUUGCGGCUGGAUUGUCCUAACGAAGACCUGGCUCAGAGGUUUUCAAUCAGUGCAGGUACUGUGAGCCGCAUCUUCACCUCGUACCUUAUGGUCAUGUACCACGCCUUCAAGUCCGCACAGCUACCCGCCUGGCCGUCUAGAGCGCAGAUCGAUGCCGCUAUGCCCCAGAAGUUCCGCGACCUAUACCCCACCACACGCACUAUAAUCGAUUGCACCGAGUUCUCCAUCCAGAUUCCCUCCGACCCCGACACUCAGAGAGUCACCUGGUCAACGUACAAGAAUAGAAACACAUUCAAAGCUCUAGUUUGCAUCACACCCAGUGGAGCUAUCUCGUUCAUCUCUUCCCUGUAUGGUGGGUCAGUUUCUGACCGUGAAAUCACCAAGACGUGUGGAGUGCUGGAUUUGCUGGAUAAAGGUGACUCAGUCAUGGCGGACAAAGGAUUCACAAUCAAGGAACUCUGUGAAGAACGGGGUGCCUAUGUCAACAUACCACCGUUCAUCAAGAAUGGCCAACAGCUGACCGAAAAGGAGUUGGUGCAGACCCGCCGCGUUGCCUCGCUACGCGUUCAUGUAGAACGUGCUAUCGAACGAAUAAAGAACUUUCACAUCCUGGAUUUUAUUCUAUCCGCUCACUUUGACAUUGCUGAUGCCAUAUUUCUGGCUUGCUGUGUGGUUGCCGAUUUUGGUGAUCAGCUCAUUACAUAG